AACAAACAAACACACACGUCAGAAUAUACCUGACAAACCAGUUAGACCAGUGUCAGUAAAAGUGAAAGUCAGCAGCUCCAUUUUGUGACGAGUGAAAACUAAAAGAUUUCAGGAGUAAAAACACAAAUGAUGGAGGGAAAGAGAUCAGACUCACCUGAACCCAGCUGUGUGUCCAUGAAGAGUGACCAGUCAAUGGAACUUCUAAUUACCUUCAGAGACAGAGACAGUUCUACUGAUGUGAGACCACAAAAAUCAAACAUCAGCACAAAUCAGCUGGACUCUAUAUUCAAGGAGCUGGAACACAAAGUCAUCACUCUGAUAAAGAAUGAGCUGAAGAGGUUUAGGAAGCUCCUGAGUCCAGAUUACCCAGCAUGCACUGAGAGGGAGGUGGAGGAUGAGGAGGAUCUGCACAGUGUCAGACAGGGAGCGCUGAAGAUCACACUGCACGUCCUGAAGAACAUGAACCACACAGAUCUCGCUAACACACUGCACAACAAACUCGCCUCUUUGUAUCAGCCAAAGUUAAAGUCCAAUCUGAGAGAGAAGUUUAAAAGAAUUAAUGAAGGAAUCUCACAACAUGGAAACUCAGCACUUCUAAAUGAGAUCUACACAGAGCUCUACAUCACAGAGGGUUGGAGUGGAGACGUCAAUAAUGAACAUGAGGUGAGACAGAUUGAGGCAGCGUCCAGGAGAUCAGCAACACAGGAGAAACCCAUCAAAUGUAAUGAGCUCUUUAAAGACAAGUCCAUCAGAACUGUGCUGACUAAAGGAGUUGCAGGAAUUGGAAAAACAGUCUCUGUGCAGAAGUUCAUUCUGGACUGGGUUGAAGGAAAAGCAAAUCAGGACGUCACCUUCAUGUUCCCACUUCCCUUUAGAGAGCUUAAUCUGAUGAAGCAGCAAAAUCUCAGUCUGAUGAAACUUCUUCAUUACUUUUUCCCAGAAAUAAGAAAACUAGAAUCAAUAGACUGUGACUCCUACAAAGUGGUGUUGAUCUUUGAUGGUCUGGAUGAGUGUCGACUUCCUCUAAAUUUCCAGAAGAAUGAAAUAUUGUGUGAUGUGACAGAGUCAGCCUCAGUGGAUGUGCUGCUGACGAACCUCAUCAAGGGGAAUCUGCUUCCCUCUGCUCUCCUCUGGAUAACCACAAGACCAGGAGCAGCCAAUCAGAUCCCUCCUGAGUGUGUAGACCAGGUGACAGAGGUACGAGGCUUCAGUGAUCCUGAGAAAGUGCAGUACUUCAGAAAGAGGAUCAGUGAUAAGAGCCUGGCCAAUAAAAUCAUCACACACCUGAAGUCUUCAAGGAGCCUCUACAUCAUGUGCCACAUCCCAGUCUUCUGCUGGAUCUCAGCCACUGUUCUAGAGAGAAUGUUGGGUGAAGCAGAGGGUGGAGAGAUCCCCAAGACUCUGACUCAAAUGUUCACACACUUCCUGAUCUUUCAGAUCAAACACAAGGACCAAAAGUACCAUCAGGAAUGUGACCCUGAUCCUCAGCAGACCAGAGAGAGUAUCAUGGCACUGGGAAAACUGGCUUUCCACCAGCUGGAGAAAGGAAACCUGAUCUUCUAUGAGGAAGACCUGAGGGAGUGUGGCAUUGAUGUCAGAGAAGUGUCAGUGUACUCAGGAGUGUGUACCCAGAUCUUCAGAGAGGAGUUUGGGCUUCACCUGGGGAAGGUGUUCAGCUUCGUACAUCUGAGUGUUCAGGAGUUUCUGGCUGCUUUAUAUGUUUUUUUCUGCUUUAUUUUAAGAAAAACAAAUGUGGAACAAAGCACCGGACUUUUUAAUUUCUUCAGAAAUCCAAACAUGUCUGAUCUCCUCAGGACUGCAGUGGACAAGGCCUUACAGAGUGAGAAUGGACACCUGGACCUGUUCCUCCGCUUCCUUCUGGGCCUCUCACUGGAGUCCAAUCAACCUCUUUUACGAGAUUUAAUGCCACAGACAGGAAGCAGAUCUCACAGCAAACAGGAAACAGUGGAGUACAUCAAGCAGAAGAUCAGGGAGAAUCCAUCUCCAGAGAAAUCCAUCAAUCUGUUCCACUGUCUGAAUGAACUGAAUGAUGAUUCUCUAGUGCAGGAAGUACAAACUUACCUGAACAGAGAUUAUUACAGUCGUCUCAGUAACACCAGUCUCUCUCCUGCUCAGUGGUCAGCUCUGGUGUUUGUGUUACUGAACUCAGAACAGGAGCUGGAGGUGUUUGAUUUGAGGAAAUAUUAUGCAUCAGAUGAAGGUCUUCUGAGGAUGCUGCCAGUGGUCAAAGCCUCCAGAAAAGCUGUGCUGUUUCAGUGUAAUCUGACAGAGGAAAGCUGUAGAGUUCUGUCCUCAGUUCUCAGCUCAAACUCCUCCAGUCUGAGAGAACUGGACCUGAGUUACAAUGAACUGCAGGAUUCAGGAGUGAAGCUGCUCUCUGAUGGACUGAAGGACACACACUGUACACUGGAGAUACUGAGGCUGUGUUGGUGUAAUCUGACAGAGGAAAGCUGUAGAGUUCUGUCCUCAGUUCUCAGCUCAAACUCCUCCAGUCUGAGAGAACUGAUCCUGGGUGUCAAUAAACUGCAGGAUUCAGGAGUGAAGCUGCUCUCUGAUGGACUGAAGGAUCCACACUGUACACUGGAGAUACUGAGUCUGCAUGAGUGUAAUCUGACAAAGGAAAGCUGUAGACUUCUGUCCUCAGUUCUCAGCUCAAACUCCUCCAGUCUGAGAGAACUGAACCUGAGUAACAAUAAACUGCAGGAUUCAGGAGUGAAGCUGCUCUCUGAUGGACUGAAGGAUCCACACUGUACACUGGAGAUACUGAGGAUGUGUUUGUGCAGUUUUACAGAUAAAGGUUGUGCUGCUCUGGCUUCAGCUCUGAGGUCAAACUCCUCAUCAAACCUGAGAGAACUGGAUCUGAACUAUAAUUAUACAGUAGAACCAGGAGUGAAGCUGCUCUCUGAUCUACUGAAGGAUCCACACUGUAAACUGGAGACACUAAUGUGA